CCCAGCCGCCCGCACCCACCUGCUGCCGGUAACGGCGGUGAAGGCGGCGGACCCUGACUCCGGGGCAAACGGGGAGCUGGUGUACGAGUUGGCGGCGGCCGAGGGCGAAGUGGGCGGCGUGCGGCGGCGUGUUCGGGAUGGGAAUCGGCGGCGAGCUCCGGGCCAACGUGUGCCGCCUGUCGGGGCUGCCCGGCCGGGAGUGGCGGCUCCGGGUGCGGGUCUGGGACGGCGGCAGCCCCCGGCGCUCGGCCAGCACCGUCCUCACCGUCUCCUUCGUCCCCGCCGCCACCGGGAGCCUGGCACCGGCCGCCGUCACCGGACUCGCCCUCGCAGCCGUCUGCGCGGCCCUUCUGCCCGUUGCGUUGCUGCUACGCUCCGUUUGCGGUGACCGGUGGCGGCGGCGGCGGCGAGACGGCGGCGCCUACAACUGCCGGCGGGCGGAGACCGACUACCGGCCGCAGCCCCGCCGCCCCGAGCGGCUCAUCCACAAAACCGACAUCGCCCUGUUGCCGACGUCCCGCCGAGCCGAGCCGCCCUCCGACCCGCUCCCGCUGCCCGCAGCCGGGCUGUCCGGAACCGAACCCCUGACACCCAGCCCGGGCCGCCAGCGGCACCGGCACCGGCAGCUCCUGCGGGAACUCGUCCGCCUGUCCCGGGCUGGUUGUCCCGACGGAUCCCUCGAUCUGGCCGCCGGCUCGCCGCAUGUCCAGCAGAUCUCGCAGCUUCUCUCUCUACUCCACCAGGGCCAGUUCCAGGCCAGGCCAAACUUUCGGGGAAAUAAAUAUUUAAAGACGUGCAGGGGGACGGGGGCCGAGGCUGACCAGCCGACUCGGAAGGACAGUGGUCAGGGAGAGAGCGAGGGGGGAGACAGCGACAGCGAUGUUGGAUCGACCCCUCCCCUCCACGAGCUGCUGAACGAAGGGCUGAAUGGCCUGCUGGCCCGAGGAAGCUGGGCAACAUCUCCAGGGCAGGGUGGCGGGGCAGGUCGAGGGGAGCGCCUGAGCCUGGAGGACUUGUUCUGGGCUCUGCCCUCGACUCUCCCCUCUGACUACAAGGAGAACGUCUAUAGCCUGGAGUCCGAGACGGUGCCGGAGACGGUGGACGGGGAGAGGACAACGUUCUCGACGUUCGGCAAGGGCGUGCCGGAGCAUGGGGCGGCCUUCCUCACCGAGAUGGCCGUGCUCUUCCAUCAGCUCUUGGGGCAGAGCCCCCAGCCCGGCUCCCACCUGGAGCCCCAUCUCCCGGACCACGGCCAGGUGUCAGAGCGGUCUAGCGACGGCCGCCUGCCCAGCCUUCAUGAGUCGCCGGAACAGAGAGCGGGAUCGGAGCCACCGGCUCAGUAAUGGUGAGAGAUCGUCAGAGACCCCGGUUCAAUGCUGACCUUGGACACUGUCUGCCUGUGUGGAAAGGAACUGCAGAUGCUGGUUAAUACACAAAGUGCUGGAGUAACUCAGCGGGUCAGGCAGCAUCUCUGGAGGACCUGGAGAGGUGACUUUUCCCUUCUGCGUAAACCAGCGUCUGCAGUUCCUUACUUCUAAGACGACUGCAAUCUGAAGAAUGGUCUCGACCCGAUACAUCGCCUAUCCAUGUUGUCCUGAGAUGCUGCAUGACUCGCUGUGUUACUCAAGCACUUUGCGUCACUUUGACUUUGCCCU